AUGUUCCGAAGGACUCCUACUAACUCGCGACAGGGAAGGUCGCGAGACGCCGCGUCUUACGGACAAUGCGCGGGCGAUGACGCGCGUUUUAAUUUGCCGCGAUUGAAUCCCGAUAGACAGGGCUCGUUCAUACACGCGGGUGGCGUUGCUAACGACCGAGCCGUCUCUCAGUACUCGCCGGCGCAAAUCCGAUCCAUGGGUCUUCGAGAAAGGGCGAAUGGUAUUUCACUUGGCUUGGAGGCCAUCGGGCGUGUCGGUGGCUGGCUGCCGGGCGCGGCCGUUCUCACGCGCGGCGCUUCCGAAUUCCGACCUCAGAGAGCGCAGCGAAUCACGUCCAAACAUGUAAUGUCG